AUGUACCAGCACCCUGCCACGUCCCGCAUGCGCAAGGCGGAGCUCCUUACCGAGCUGGCGCUAUGGGACGAGGACGGGACCCACAUGACGUGCGACAUGCUGAGGGCCAGGCUGCGCCAGAUCUACAAGGCAAUGCCAGUCGGUGGUGCACCCGUGCGCCACAAGAAGAAGGCCGAGCUUGUCGAGGAUGCGACUACCAUGGGCUGUGUCCUGACGGGCAAGGAGACGCGCGGCGACCUCCAGAUCCUGAUCACCGAGAAACACGAGCAGUGCCUGGGGAUGGUCAAGGGCUCCGACAGGAUGCCGUUCGGCCGUCACCGGACGUUGACCAUCCAGGAGCUGCUGGAGAAAGAACGGGAGUAUGCCGGGUGGCUGGUGAGCUGGAGCAAUCCACGCCUCAAGCGUCUCACCGACUGGCUGGUCAUGAAGGGGAUCAAGUCCGAGGACAUGAGGAACAAGUUCGAACUGCCUCAGCCCAGGGUAAAAGGGGAGAAGCUCGAGAAGACGGAGGCCGCCGCGAUGGAGACGGGGACGUCCAAGGAGGAGCAGAUCAUCGACCUGCUUGGGGACAUGAAGAUGGCCAUGAACGCGCUCACGACCAGGGUGCAGAAGGUUCUUUUGAGUCGAAAAAGGUCCAAGCGCCUCAUCAGGAACUGCCUGAUCCUCGUCAUGGACCAGGUGGCGGAUCGAGGUCAUGUACACUGGGAGUGGCCGAAGGAAUUGCAGCCGUACCGGUGGCCAGAGGUGAAGCAGGUCUUCAGGGAGUGCGACAUGCGGCCGGUGGUCUGCGAUAGUUGCAUGCUGGGCGUCAAAGCUCGUGACACGGGGUUGCUGGUGGUCAAACCCUGGGAGGUCUGGACCACUUCCGACCGCAUGUGUCAGCGCAUGGCCAUCAGGUGCGACGGGCGUCAUGAGCACAGUCCUUGUGUCGGCGGUGUCAGGACGGCGGCCACAGCGUACUACCCCGACGCGUUCGUCAAGAGGGCGGCCCGGGCUAUGCUGGAAGAGCCGAGGAUGGAGGGGAUCUGCAACCUCGUGCGCGAAUUCGAGGCCGAGGACGAAGAGAUCGACGCGAUCUACGCAGUGAGUGCCUCGAAGACAGGGAUCGACCUGGACGAGCUUCGGAAGGUGGAGAUCGCGGCCCGUCGGAUCCACGCUGCAUGCGGACACUGUCCGUUUGCCCAAGUCGCCAGGUCGUUGGCGGCUCGAGGUGCUGACAAGAGGAUCGUGGAGCACGUGAAAGGCAUGCGAUGCCCGGCCUGUGACGAGAGCCAAAAGCAAGGGCCUCCACGUCCCGUCGGCUCGGCGGAUGAGGUGCCGAAGAAGUGGGCUGUUUUGCAGAGCGACCUAGCCGAGUGGGAGGACCCGUGCAGCCACGAGAAGUUCAAGUUAGUGCUGUACCUUGACCAGGGUUCGAAACUCGGAGUUGGACAUGUCCUGUUCAAGAUGGUCAAGAGUAAGAACGCGACCGCCGAGGAGUUGAAGGACUCGAUCUGGAGCAGGUGGAUAUCCUAUUUUGGCCGUCCACGGAUAUUUCAAGUCGAUCCCGAGGGCGCCUGGAUGAGCAAGACCAUCCGGGAGAACAUGGAGUCCAGCGGCAUUCAGAUGGAUCCCAUCCCCGGGCAGGCGCACUGGCAGAUCGGCGGCGUCGAGCGGCUCAUCAGCCUCAUCAAGGAUCUGAUGACGGUCUUGGCACGCGAGUGCCCGGGAAGGUCAUGCGAGGAGUACCUGGCGCGCGCGAUGGCAGCCUAUAACGAGCUCGACAGGCAUCGGGGCUUCUCACCGCUGCAGGUGGCCCUUGGCCGAGCACCAGACCUCGACGGGACAUUCAUGGACGCGCCAGGUGAUCCAGUCAACCUUCCGGCGCUGGAGUCGGAGGCGGUCGACACAGCGUUCGGGGAGAAUUUCAAAUUCAUGCGGCAGGCGCAGGAGGCGAUGCUCAGAUGGGUCUCUGCCGAACGUGCUCGCCGGGCCAGUCAUGCCAGAUCGCGGAAGCUGAAUGUAUACACUCCGGGCACGUUGGUGUACUAUUUCAGGAACCCGAAGAGCAGCUCCAUGACGGGCAGGUUCUACGGUCCAGCCCGAGUUCUGGCUACGGAGACGGUUCACAGGAACGGUGAAGUUCAACCUCGACCUCGCGUGUGGCUGAACGCGUGUGGCCGCCUCAUUCGAUGUGAUCCUUGUCAGCUACGAGAUGCCUCUGAUCGAGAGGUGGCCGAGCACGAGAUCAUACAUGGUACCGAGAUGCCGUGGACGUUCAACAACAUGAGCCAGAGUCUUAGAGCCGGUCAGUAUGAGGACCUCGCUGAUGAUCCGCGACUGAUCCCGAGCGACACGGAGUUUGUGGACGCAGGAGAUGCACCACCACUUCCGACGGUUCCACCAGCGGCGGAGGAGCCUAAGAGACGUAUCAGCGGCAAGCGGGUACCGACGGAGCCUCACACAUCGUCCAAACAGCCGCGAGUGGGACCAUCGGCAGCGAGCGCAUCAGCUCCAGCCUCUCAGGGCCGGGAGCCGGAGACGGCUACGUUUCCGGCGACACCUGCAAGGCCGCCAAAUAAAUCUCGAACGACUCCAUCGAGACCUUCACCGUAUGACUGGGACGGUCUUCCACCAGCUGCGGCGGCCGGCGGAGAUCACUACGGCAAGGAGCGGUCGGACAGACAGAAGCGACGUGACCUGACCGAGGAGCAGGGCCUGACGGCAGAGGUCCAGCCGUUCGAGUGCUUCUGGAGCAGGGAGGACAACGCCAUCGAGGUGGAGAUCAGUCUUCCCGAAGGUGCGCGAGGCGGCACGGCCGCACGUGACCUGCCAGCGUUUGUGGCCACUCAACUGCGACGCCAGCGUGCGGAGGUUCGAGAGCGGACAUUGUCGGCCGCAGACCUGGAGAAGCUCAAGAAGGCCAAGGUGAAGGAGGCGCAGGAGUGGAUCAAGGAGAUGGUCCUGGAAGGUCUACCGAGCCAUGUCACGGCUCCCAGCGACCGGCCGAUGCGCCUCAGAUGGGUUUUGACGUGGAAGAUCGAUCCCGCAGAAACCGGGGGUCGACGUGCGAAGGCUCGGCUAGUGAUUCUGGGCUUCCAGGACCCAGACCUCACCACCGAGGAGUCGUACGCUCCGACAGCGACUCGCACCGCCCGUCAGGUGUUUCCACAGAAGGCGGCGAACCUGAAGAUGCGGGUGGCCAAGGGUGACGUGAAGUCUGCGUUCCUUCAGGGUGAAGAGCUUGACCGUGACCUGUUCGUCAAGCCCACUGGCGAGAUCGCGGAGAUGCUGGGACUGCGCUCUGGUCAGGUCUGGCAGCAGGCAAGGCGCCAGGUGAUGGAGGCGUUCAGGUGGACCGAGUGGGAAUACGACACGUUCACCCAGUGCGGCGUCGACAUCACUCAGAGGCCUGAUCUCGGUUUCACGCUGAGCCAGGCAACCUACACAGAGCAGAUCGAGGAGAUCGAGGUCCCAGCUGAACGAAGGAAGCAACCCUCAGCGCCCGUGACGAACGCCGAGAAGAGCCAGUUCCGUGCUGCCACGGGGAGCCUGCAGUGGAAGGGCACCCAGACUGGGCCGGACAUCCUGGCGGAGUUAAGCUUGCUGCAGAGCUUGUCGGAGUCAUGCACCGUGGAUGACCUUCUGAAGGUCAAUAAGCUGAUCAAGCGGACCAAGGAGACUAAGGACAGGGUACUGAAGAUCUUUCCGUUCGUGGACAGCGAGCUGGCAGUUGUCGGCUGGGGCGACGCCGCGUUUUGGCAACCGUGUUGA